CCUAAGAGAGGAAUUCACGCCUUGGAUUCUGAAUGUGGCGAUGAUGUUAAAUUGUGGGGACCCACGGCAAGGAUCUUUGCUUCGUUCCUUGCCCCUGGGGUAGCGGCUGCACGUGCUUUGAAAGAAAUUGAAAGAUUGGCUUGUUGGACUGCAAAACAGGCUAAUGUUACUUCUCAACUUCUUUCGGACCUGCUUGUAGACGUAAGCGGCAUUAGACAUGCUGUACUUCAGAACAGAGCAGCUAUAGAUUUCUUGCUUCUGGCCCAAGGGCAUGGUUGUCAAGAUGUCGAAGGGAUGUGUUGUUUUAACCUGAGUGAUCAUAGUGAAUCAAUGCAUAAGCAGUUAGCUUGGUUGCAAGAUCAUACCAAGAAGAUUGGCAUCCAGGAUGAUCCAUUUGGGAACUGGCUGGGUAGUAUAUUUGGAGGUAUUGGACCUUGGAUUAAGCAAUUAUUAAAGGUGCUAGUAAUAGGGCUCAUUCUAUUUCUCGCACUGCUGAUCUGCAUACCGUGUAUCAUUCAGUGCCUCCAAGGAUGCAUCAGACGGAUGGUGACAGGAAUCUUCGAAGAGAGACGUGAGCAAGAAUGAAUGUAUGAGAGGCUCUAAAGAAGCCUGAAGAGUAAAAGCGAUCGGGUUGUCACGGGUUAAGCUACUCUAUCAUAGGGAGGGGGAAAUGUAGUGUAUUAGGCGAAAUCGGACCCUCGGGAUGUAACGUGAUAGGCCCUCCCCUGCUUGGUCAUGCAUAUGUAAAGAAGGUAUAGAUGAAACAGGAUACCUAUAUAAGGGACCCUCACAUUCCAAUAAAGGCCAUUUGCCAUGCGC